UUGAAAAAAUUGGAAAAACUUUAUUUUGUUUUCACGAUCCGCGAAGGUUGGAUUGUUCGAAGUUGGAACCCUAUAGAAGUUCAAGUCUUGGCAGCCCCCUUAAACCCUCCCGAUCCGGCGAAACUACAUCGAAUUAUCCUUUGUUUUCUUCUGCUUCCGAGAUGAUUGACGAUCAAGAUCUUGGAUUCUUCGCCAAUUUUCUAGGCGUUUUUAUCUUUGUUCUGGUAAUUGCUUACCAUUUUGUUAUGGCUGAUCCCAAGUAUGAAGGAAAUUGAGGAAUUUUCUUCCUCAUCUAUAGUCAGUGCUAAAUCAUGUAGUUUUUAUGUAAUUCCUUGAAUGUUCCAACAUUUUCUCUUUUCCGUUUUUUGACUAUCCAUGUACUUCAAUAAAAUUAUACAGGUGAGUGUUUUUGAUAGUGUCCGACUUAGAGCUGAUUUUGAUCUGUUUAAGUGAUUAUGAGCAGCACAUUUGUAUUUUGAAUUUUAGGCGAAUGCCUAUUUCAGUAGAAAACAUAAUUUCUUCUGGUAA